AUGGAUGCUGCAAAGAUUGGUGAGCUAAAACUCUUGGUGGAACAGUGUAAAUCCAACCCUUCGAUUCUGCACAACCCAUCUCUGUCGUUUUUCAAGAGCUAUCUCGAAAGCCUGGGUGCUCGAAUUCCACCAGCUUCAGCUCCAAAACCAGAUAAAGAUGGUGAGGACAUUUCACAUUCCAAGGGACAAUUUGACACCAAAAAUUCCAAUUAUUCAGUUGAUAAUAAAUUGGAUGAGGAUAUUGUGGAGUCUGAUGUUGAGUUGGAUAAUGCUGAUGUCGUGGAGCCUGAUAAUGAUCCUCCACAGAAGAUGGGAGAUCCUUCAAUUGAAAUAACUGAAGAAAGUCAGGAUGCUGCGCAAAUAUCAAAAUCAAAUGCGAUGGAUGCAAUCUGCGAAGGGAAGUUUAACAAAGCCGUGGACUUUCUAACAGAAGCUAUCAUGUUGAAUCCAACUUCAGCAAUAUUAUAUGCAACUAGAGCGAGUGUCUUUAUUAAACUGAAAAAACCAAAUGCUGCAAUCUGUGAUGCUGAUGCGGCUCUAAAGAUCAACCCUGACUCAGCAAAAGGAUAUAAGAUGCGGGGAAUGGCGAGGGCCAUGUUGGGCCUGUGGGAAGCGGCAGCAAGUGAUCUGCAUGUGGCUUCAAACAUAGAUUAUGAUGAGGAGAUUGGUGAAGUCCUUAAAAAGGUUGAACCUAAUGCUCACAAAAUUGAAGAGCAUCGCCGGAAAUAUGAACGCUUGCGAAAAGAAAGGGAGCAAACAAAAAUUGAGCUUGAAAGGCAACGACGGCGAGCAGCCCAGGAACAGGAAGAUGCGUCUGCUUUGAAGGAUGGUAAGACUUUUGGUUCAAUAUCAAAUUUGUUUUUUGACAGAUGUUUGUCUUGUGAAAAUGUGAUUCAUUUAAGUUCGUAA